GGGGCGGGGUUGCGGGACGGAGACGGCCCCGGUGUCGGGGCAGCCGCGGGACCCGCAGCCCGGUGACCCGCCGGGGGGGGGCCGCGGCGGCGGUGACUCAGCCGGGAGAGGCGGGCGAGGAGGAGGAGGAGCAGCAGCAGCAGCAGGAGCCGCCGCAGCCACCGAGGAGCCGCUCACCUGCCCCGCCAUGGCCCGCAGGGUAGCCGCCGUCCUGCUGCUGCUCGCCCUCGGCUGCCUCCUGGGCAUCCUCCUUCUCUGCCUCGGGUCCGGGGACACGCGGGGCCCGCCGGGCUUCAAGUAUGGCAUCGUGCUGGACGCCGGGUCCUCCCACACGGCCAUGUUCGUCUACAAGUGGCCUGCAGACAAGGAGAACGACACCGGGGUGGUCAGCGAGCACAGCAUGUGCGACGUGGAGGGUCCCGGCAUCUCCAGCUACAGCUCCAGGCCUCCAGCUGCCGGGACAAGCUUGGUGCAAUGCCUGAACCAGGCUCUGAGAGAUGUGCCCAAGGAGAAGCACGUGGGCACCCCGCUCUACCUGGGUGCCACAGCCGGCAUGCGCCUGCUCCACAUCUCAAGCCAGCAGGCCUCGGACGCCGUCCUCGGUGCUGUGGCGACCACACUGAAGUCGUACCCCUUUGAUUUCCGGGGCUCAAAGAUCUUGUCUGGGGAGGAAGAAGGGGUCUUCGGCUGGGUCACCGCAAACUACCUCCUGGAGAACUUCAUCAAGCGUGGAUGGCUUGGAGAAUGGAUCCAGCCCCAGAAGAAGACCCUGGGGGCGAUGGACUUUGGGGGCGCUUCCACACAGAUCACCUUUGAAACCAGGGACACCAUUGAAGACCCCAGAAACGAGGUGAUGCUGAAGCUGUACGGCCAGACGUACAAAGUGUACACUCACAGUUUCCUCUGCUAUGGAAGGGACCAGGUCCUCAAGAGGCUGCUCUCAAAGCUCCUCCAGGCUGAGAGAUACCAAGCCACUGUUUCACAUCCCUGCUGGCCCACGGGCUACCACAAGAGCCUAUCGCUGAGCAGUGUCUAUGACAGCCCCUGCACAGAGAAGGAGAAGCCAAGCCUUGCCCUUGACACCACCAUCACUGUGGUCGGCACUGGGAAUGGGAGCCUCUGUGCUCUGCACGUCAACAAGCUCUUCGACUUCACCUCCUGCUCCUUCUCCCGCUGUUCCUUUGAUGGCAUUUUCCAGCCAGAGGUUUCAGGAAACUUCAUUGCCUUCUCUGCCUUCUUCUACACGGUGGACUUCAUCCAGACAGUGAUGGGGAGGCCUGUGCGCUUGCCCAGUGACCUGAAGGACGCUGCUGAGAUGAUCUGUGCCACCAACUGGAGCGAGCUGCUCCAGAAAGCCCCCAAGCUGGAGAAAAGGCUGCCAGAUUACUGCGCCGUCACCAUGUUUGUUUAUUUGCUCACCACCAAAGGCUACAACUUCAACAACCAUUCCUUCCCCAACAUCGCCUUCCAGAAAAAGGCAGGAGAUACCUCCAUCGGCUGGGCCCUGGGCUACAUGCUGAACCUCACCAACAUGAUCCCAGCAGAGAAGCCCUCUUCCCACAAAAGCAUGCUGUACAACUACUGGGUCAUCCUCAUCCUGCUCUUUGUGGUCACCACCCUGACAUCUCUGGUGACCGCUGUCUGCCUGCUCCGGCGCAGCAAGUCUGGCACAAUCUAAUGGCCUUGUCAGGGAGCCUUGUCUGCAGGGCCCUGCACCGUCCUUCCUGCUGGAGUCUCCAUGGCCUGAACACUUGGAAUGCAGCAAGUGCUCAGAGAUGUCAUCUUCCCAUGCCUGAUGUUGCCUGUCCCAGAAGGAAAGCUGCCCCUUCAUGCCCUCCCCUUGCUUUCAAGCUGCAGAAAGGGAGGGACAGAAAAGGACUGCUGGCCUGGCAGGACAACAGCUUAAGGGCUUCCCAGUGCUACUCAGGGACGGACCCCAGAGCAGACUCGGGAUUUGGACAUUCAGACCUGGGGCAUCUUUCUGCCACCAGACCUGGGCUGAACUGGGUCAGCAAGUCACAAUAGUAGGAUUUAUUUUCAUGUACAUGGCAUGGGUGGGGAACAUUUACACUAGUCCUUAUAGCUGACCUCUCUAGCCUGUCCCUGAAGCACAAACCCUGCCUCCUGGGAGCUCUGGGCAUCAGCCAGAGCCCAUGCUGUCUUUCUGGAUGACACACAAAUCCCACUGACCUUUCUGAGGGUCAGAUCUUCGCCUAGACUUUCACUGGUCUCAGCACAUGGGCUUUGGACAGCGGCUUAGCAACAACCAGACAUGGGGAGCAGGCAGCUUCCCAGGUCCCACUUCAGUAACUUCAUGGUGCCUUCCCCAUUCCUGUGGUUCCUAACCCAGAUUCGCCUCUGGCCAUAGCCAGAGCCUCCUCCAUUC